UCAGUCUGUCUCAAAGUUUGUAUUAAAAUCUUAGUUAGUGACCUAGUUUUGUUAAUUAACAUGACAAUUAAUCGUAUCAUAGUGUUAAAUCCAUUCAUAUAGUUUUUUUUUUACUGUAACUUGUGAGUGAUCAAUUAAAUAUGAUUUUGCUUUAUUUUAGGAGAGGUAAAUCUAUAAACACCAAUAUGAAUCAACUCCGUCUCUACUCUACAAUCAUCCAGAAGGCAAAGUUUCCGCUGAAGGGGAAGGUAAUGGCGAUUCGCAGGGAAGACCAGAGUGUGUGGGAGAGACGAGCACCUCUGGCCCCAAGCAACGUGCGGAAACUAGUGAGGGCCGGCGUCAAGGUGCUCAUACAGCCGUCCAACCGACGAGCAUACCCCGUACAGUCUUAUAUAAAUGCUGGUGCUAUUCCACAAGAAGACAUAUCAGAAGCAUCGGUUAUAUUCGGAGUGAAGCAGGUCCCAGCUGAUUUGCUGCUUCCCAACAAGACUUACUGCAUGUUCUCACACACAAUCAAGGCUCAGGAAUCCAACAUGCCUCUGCUUGAUGCUUGCCUAGAAAAGAACAUCCGUUUGGUCGACUAUGAGAAGUUAGUGGAUGAGCUUGGCCACAGGAUAGUUGCGUUUGGUAAAUACGCUGGAGUUGCUGGGAUGGUCAAUAUACUGCAUGGUCUAGGUCUACGGCUACUUGCUUUAGGUCACCACACACCAUUCAUGCAUAUAGGUCCGGCACACAAUUACCGCAACUCUUCCAUGGCUACACAGGCAAUACGAGACGCUGGCUAUGAGAUAGCUCUGGGUAUGAUGCCCAAGUCUAUCGGACCACUCAUAUUUGUCUUUACUGGGUCUGGUAAUGUCUCGCAAGGAGCGCAGGAGAUAUUCCAAGAGCUACCUCAUGAGUAUGUUCCUCCCUCCAUGCUGCAGAAAGUGGCAGAGCACGGAGUUACAAACAAAGUGUACGGGUGUCAAGUGCGCAGGAGAGACCACCUACAGAGGAGGGAGGGGGGAGGUUACGAUCCACAGGACUACGACUCUCACCCAGAACUCUACAUGUCAACGUUUGGGAAGAAGAUCGCCCCGUAUGCAUCAGUGAUAGUGAACGGGAUCUACUGGGCAGUCGGGGCGCCCAAGCUACUGACACUACCAGAUGCCAAGAAUCUCCUAGCCUCCGCACAAACACCCUGGCUCCCCGUCAGUGAAGGUGCCCCCGCACUGCCCCACCGUACACUCGCCAUCUGCGACAUCAGUGCUGACCCUGGCGGCUCCAUAGAGUUCAUGAACGAGUGUACUACCAUCGACACGCCCUUCUGUCUCUACGAUGCGGACCGCAACAAGGAAUAUAAAAGUUUCAAAGGUGCCGGACUCCUAGUCUGCUCGAUUGAUAACAUGCCGACUCAGCUGCCGAGAGAAUCAACUGACUUUUUCGGUGACCUUGUGAUGCCAUAUGCUGUUGAUAUUCUUCAGUCAGACGCAACCAAACCUCUUGAGAGUCACAACUUUGACACCGUUGUAGCCAAUGCCAUCAUAGCAAGUAAUGGUAAACUAACACCCAAGUUUGAAUACAUUCAAGAUUUGAGGCAGGAAUCCAAUUGUUUCAGACGUAGCCGCCACAAAAUGCCGGAUGCAGUUGGUUCAACAAAGAAGAUCCUUGUGUUAGGAGCAGGAAGGGUCAGUUCACCUCUCGUAAAGUACCUGAACAGGGAUGAAAAUGUGCACAUAACCUUAGGUUCAUCAGUGCAGGAUGAAGUUUCGACUUUAGCCAACCAGUUUGAGCGAGUAGAGCCAGUGUUGGUGGAUGUUGUGCGACGACCAGACCAUGUUGGCGAGUUGGUGCAGAGCGCCGACCUGGUGGUGUCCCUACUGCCCUUCCAAUUGCACCAUCUAGUGGCAGAAGCCUGCAUCACCCACCACACUCACAUGGUUACUGCGUCCUACUGCACACUGGAGAUGAUGAGAUUGCACGAAAAGGCCGUGGAGGCUGGAGUGACGGUAGUCAAUGAGGUAGGUCUGGACCCGGGCAUUGACCAUCUGUUGGCCAUGGAGUGUAUAGACGAGGUACAUCAGGCGGGGGGCAAGGUGGAGUCUUACGUGUCGUACUGCGGAGGCCUCCCAGCCCCGGAACACUCCAACAACCCUCUACGCUACAAGUUCUCUUGGUCCCCUAGGGGCGUGCUGCUCAACGUCUUGGGAAAUGCUAAAUACCUCGAGAACUCCAAGGUGGUCGAGGUAGCUGCUGGUGGGGAACUACUCCAGAGUGGUAAAGACUUGGAAUUCCUGCCAGGCUUUGCUCUGGAAGGUUACCCGAACCGAGACAGUCUGCGAUACUCUCAGUUGUACGGAGUAGCGGCGGAAUGUCACACAAUGUUUAGAGGGACAUUACGGUAUAGAGGUUUUCUAAAAACUAUGGAAGCUCUAAAACAUCUAGGACUUAUUGACUUGACAGCUCAUCCUGCACUCCAUCCAGAUGGACCUAGCAUCACAUGGAGAGAACUGAUGUGCACAUUACUUGGAUUGUCUCAUGCAGAUAUUUUCUAUGAAAACCUCAAGGGCAAGGUGAGUGAGCGAGUAGGUGAGGCACAGUUAAGGGCCGUAGAACAGCUGGGAGUGUUGGAUGAUGUUCCAGUAGUCAAAUGUGGCAAUCCUCUGGACAGCCUAUCUCACUACCUCAGUGGCAGACUGAGUCUAGGAGAGCAUGAACGUGAUGUUGUCAUUCUGCGCCAUGUUCUGGAGAUCACUUGGAGUGGAGGCCAGAGGGAACGACGUGACAUCUCCAUGGUAGAGUAUGGAGAUGGUCGAGGCACGACGGCCAUGGCUCGUACUGUUGGACUGCCUGCUGCAAUAGCUGCUAAGAUGGUUCUUGACGGAGAGAUACAAGAACAAGGCAUGGUGUACCCUCUGGCACCUCACAUUUACCGGCCGAUGCUGAGCAGACUAAAAGCAGAAGGCAUUGUUACCACUACGAUGAUUGAAACCAUCGAUUGAUAGGUGAAAUAAAUUAAGAAUGUGGACUUGUGGCGUGUUGAGUACAAAAAUUGUUUACUGUGAAUUGUUUACUGACAAACUGUGUACAUAAGAGAAUAUAGUUAGUAUUUGAUUACAAUUGGUUUUGUUGUCGUUGAUACAUUUUUUAUGAUCGUUUUUGUUAUUGCUCUGUAAGUUGUAACAUUUUUAGAGUAGUGAUUUUUUUAAAUCUCCCUAAAAUAAUAACACUGUCAGAUGUGCAAAAUGGUGUGCAAAGAUUAGUCAUCUUUGCCAACUGGCCAUUAGUCAGGCCAACUGACCUGGAAGGAUUUUUUAAAGUAAUAUAUUAUGUUUUGUACCAAUACUGGAUUAACAGGGUUUUACUGUAUAUUUCAAAUAUUGUUUUCACAUUUUGAUUUUAUUUAAAAAUAUGCAGUUGGCAGCUCAAAAAAGAGUGGAAAGGGAUGCAUAAAUUUUAAAAUAAUAAAUUUAAGACACGUAUCCAGAAUAGGAGUUUAUAAAUAGAUUUUUUUUAGAUUAUAAGUCUGUAUUAUAAAAAAAUAUUUAAAUUGUAUUUUGUGUCAAAUAAACACACUUUUAUAUGUUUAAAAUA